AUCCGCAUCCUUGAAAAAGGUGAGCUUGAAGCUGAAUAAGGUUAUAAAUUGUAUAAGGAGUUUGAGGAUCAAAUGUUUCUAAACAUGCGGAGAAGGAGACUCUGCAAUUUGAUGGGUCUUCCAUUGCUGAUACGAAAAAGGAUGUGGAUGACCCACCUGGGAAGGGGCCAAUUCUUAGAUGGCAAACUUGCUAGGGCAGUUUUUGCUCCAGGUGGUGAUGCAUGGCACCCAAAGAACAGAAAGGUGAAAUUGGCUGUCACAGUCAAGGAGCUUGGUCCCAAGCAUCAGUUUCGCCGCUUGAGAGAAUUGGUUGGAAAACGUCACCAUCCUGGAAGAGAUCAACUUACUAUCACCAGUGAAAGGUUGUGGUGUAUAUGUCAACUUUGUUAAUUAUUAAGAACUAUUAUGUGAUUGUCUUGCUGUUGGUAGUGGCAUCUCAUUGUUAACCCGGGUUUUGGCUCUCUAGAGAUGCACUUGGCUGUUUAAGUUUUAAAGAAAUUGCCCUAAAUAGAAAUAGAAACGUUUUGAAAUUCCAAAAGAGGAGUACAAUGUUUUUAAGAGAUCACCUUCGGCUAGGUAAGGGGAAGAGGUGCCUUCGAUCCAGUUGGAUAGAAAUGCCCUCCCUUGAUGAAUAUAUAUGGCUCACUCACCAAUUCACAAUGAGCAAGCCAAUGAUUAGCAUGUCUCUCCCUCAUAUCUCACGCUCUCUUGUGUAUUUAUGUGUGCUUCUCUUUUCCAAUAUUGCAUCAAUAUUUAACAAAGCUAUCAAGUAUGCAUGGACCCGGCCCGGUCGGGCUUUAGAGGUUUAGGGGUAGGCCCGGAACCGGCCCGGGUACCCACCGGUACCGGGCCGGGUCGGGUCCGGUUCAAUUUUUUGGUUUUCUUGAUUAUUUCAUCCCCUACCCCCAUUCCCCAAACCCAUCAGAAACACCCAGCCCAACCCAUUUAAACCCUGCCCAAUCAAAGAAAGGAAAAAAAUUAAAACAGGCCCGAACCGGGACCGGCCCGGCUCGUCCGGUUCACAUUUAAGCCUACCCGAGCCCGCCCCGGCGCCCCCGCUUUCCCCUCCGGUUCGGGUCAACACCCGGUACCGGCUCCAUGACUACUAUCAAGUAUGGUAAAAAAGUUGCUACUAAUAUGAUAUAAAAUGGCCUCUGGGCAGGGAUCAGUGGUUGUCUAGCCGAUCCAAGUCAUGUUUUGGGUGCAUUUAGGUUUUUCGUUGAAGGGAUGUAUAGGAAGAUGAAAAUCACACUUUGUGAUUUGCAAGAGUAAAUCAUAAACUUAGUUUACAAAAAUAUUUUAAUGGUUCAGAUUUUAAAUGACAUCUUUUUAUCCAACUCACCACGCAACAAAGGAGUGGUAACAUCCAUUUCUUUCAUUUCUCAAUCAUUGUGACCAACCGAAAUAAAGAUAGAGUAUUAACUAUUAAGACAUUAGGAUUAGUAAAGGAGCAGAUAAUAGCUUACUUGCACCGAAUUUUCACCUCCAAAGACUAGUCAAGCCAUGCAGGAACCAAGACAGAGUAAUAAUUUACUACAUUAGUACACGACAACACAUUGCUCCUAAGUCCUAAUUAACUUCCAUUUAGACAAUUGUUAAAGUCAAAAUAAUGUGUUAGAAGGGGAUUCAGAACUCCAAGUUCCGAGACUAAUUUAAUUGUACAGGACGACCUAUUGGGAAAACUGAAAAGGGAGUGGCCUCUAUUAUCCAAAAUAGCUUCGGCAUUUACCAACCCUGUCGAUUCGAACCUGGGCAAUCUGAACAACUUUUUUCAGUAAUCUUUUUAUUAAAACAAAUAAAAUAUCAAGGUGAGCUGGCGACAUAUGGGUUCAUUUCCAACGGUUUGGAACAGCUAGUGGCAGCAACCAUUCAGUCAAUCAUUUGCUUAUCAUUGUACUUCCCUUAUUUUAUUAGUCUAGAUUCAUUGGCUCUUCUCCUCCACUUAUCUAUUGUAAUGCCUUUAUAAGGCACGGCUUUGCUCAUCAAUAAUAUAUACUUUUCAGCAAACCUUUACUUUAUUCUCUUGUAUAUCUCAAUGUCUAAGAUGGAAUUCAAUCCAUCUUGACCUAAAUCUCUAAAAUCUAACAUGGUAUCAGAGAGAGGUUACAAAACUUCAAAGAUUCUGUUUUUUUUUUAUUUCACUCUUCUUUCUUCAUUAUUCCGCUGCGAAGAACACUUUUUUUUCCGGUGCAAGAUCGGAGCUUUUCAUCUGGUUUAUGCUCGGUCAGUUCAUAUCUUUUUUUCUUCUAAAGAUUGAAACUUUAUCAUGGAAGACAUGAUUCAAGGAGGUUCGAGUAUCAAGCCAACUGUUAUUUCGGUAAUCCUCAAGGGAUCUAACUACACUCUUUGGUCAAGGACCAUCAAAAUUUCUAUUUGUGGAAAAGGGCUUUGGGAUCACAUUUUAGAAGAAAGAAGUGUAGAUGAUUCAGGUAAAUACAAGAGGGAUGAAGAGGCUAAGGAGGAUGCAAAAUGGUUUCAAGAAGAUCAACUUGUUCUCGGAUUUCUUCAAAACAGUUUGGAACCAUCUAUACUCGAAGCUUACUCUUAUUGUGAAACGGCUAAGGCCCUUUGGGACACUCUUAAAAGAGUCUAUGGUGAUGUAUCCAAUCUUAGUCGCAUCUAUGAGAUUAAGAAAGCUAUCAGUGAGCUAAAUCAAGAUGAAUUAGACUUUAAGAAGUAUCUUGGGAAGUUCCAGUCCUUAUGGAGUGAACUUGAUACGUUAAGGCCAAGUUCUAUAGACCCUAAGGUACUAAAUGAAAGAAGAGAGCAAGACAAGACAUUCGGAUUACUUCUCAAUUUGAACUCAAGCUACAAUGGUGUCAUCAAGGCUAUUCUAAGAGAAUCUAAGCUUCCAAGCUUUGAAGAAGUAUGCUCAAGAGUUCAAAAGGAAGAGGGAUCAAUCGGAUUGUUUGAUGGGAAGAAGGAGUUAGUGACGGCAAAUAAGGGUGUAUUCAAGCAAGAGGAUCGACGGCUCAUGGUAUGUGAACACUGUCACAAGAAAGGCCAUUUCAAGGAUAAAUGUUGGAUACUUCAUCCUCACUUGAAACCGGCAAAAUUCAAAGAGAUGAAAGCUGCCAACUUUGCUCAAGAAGGAGAGCAGGCCGAGAGUUCACACAAAGAUCCUGAAUUAGCCUUACAUGCUUCAAUGGAGUAUGUAAAGAAGAGUGAAUUGGAAGCUCUCAUCAAGGCUUAUGCCUCCAAACUUGGCUAUUGAGAAUGGCGGAAUCUUGGGCAAAGGAGGGACCGAGGAUGAGCUCUAUGUUCUCAACCAUGCAUCUCCAAGUCAUUUGGAUUCCUUAGCAUUUAAAUCUUGUCUUUCUUCUUCUAAUAAAAGUGUACUGUGGCAUGCUAGAUUAGGCCACCCUCACUCUCGUGCUUUGAAUUUAAUGUUACCUAAUGCUUUCCUUGAUCAUUCUGCUUGUGAAGCAUGUAUUCUUGGAAAACACUGUAGAGUUGUAUUCCCAAAGUCAUCUACUAUCUACGAGAAUUGUUUUGACUUAGUACAUUCCGAUGUUUGGACUUCACCAUGCAUAUCUAGAGAUAGGCACAAGUAUUUUGUAACAUUCAUAGAUGAAAAGUCUAAGUAUGCAUGGGUUACUUUGCUUCCAUCCAAAGAUAGAGUCUAUGAAGCAUUUGUGAAUUUCCAUAACUAUGUUAUUAAUCAAUUCAAUGCUAAGAUUAAAGUGUUUAGGUCCGAUAAUGGUGGAGAAUACACAAGUCAAAGAUUCAAGGAUCAUCUCAACAAGCAUGGAAUAUUGCACCAAACUAGUUGUCCACACACAUCUCAACAAAAUGGAGUGGCGGAGAGAAAGAACCGACAUCUUAUGGAAGUAGCAAGAACUAUGAUGUUUCAAUCUAAUGUUCCAAAGAGGUUCUGGGGAGAUGCGGUCUUAGCUUCAUGCUAUCUUAUUAACCGUAUUCCAACAAGAAUCUUACAAGAUUCAUCUCCAUUUGAGGUACUAAAUCGAACUAAACCCUCUAUUGAUCACCUAAGAGUGUUUGGAUGUGUGUGCUUUGUGUAUAUUCCAGGUGAACAACGAAACAAAUUGGAGGCUAAGAGCAUUAGAUGUAUCUUUCUUGGAUACUCGACUACUCAAAAGGGGUAUAAAUGCUAUAAUCCAUCUACAAGCAAGACUUUUGUGUCUCGAGAUGUGAAAUUCAUAGAAGAUCAAGGGUAUUAUGACAAGAAAGAGAGAGAGAGCCUGGAGGAACUAUCAAGGCCAUCAGAUCUAGCAUCCAGUCUUCGGUUUUUGCUGGAUCAUUUGGGAAAUAAUAAGAGUAAGGAUUCAAGUCAGGAUGAUACUCCAUCAAAUCAAGAUGGUAAUGGAGAUACUCAAGAAGAAGAAGAAGAACCCUCGGCUACCCAGGAAUCAUCUCAAACUCAAGAGGAAGUGCCACUUCAAAAUACAAGUCAAGAAGACUCAGUAGAUCAAGAAGGACAUACUCAACAAGAGGAAAGGGAAAUGGUUAAAGAUACAGAAACUGAACCAGUUCAAUCCUUGAGAAGAAGUACUAGACUCAAGUUCAGGAAUCCUAGAUACUACAAUAGUCAAGCAGUUGUUCAUCCUAUACAAAGUGUGUGUUCCAUUGACCUUCUGCCAAAAGCUCAUCAAGCCUUUCUUGUGAAGAUUGAAGAAAAUCAAAUUCCUAAUAGCUAUGAAGAAGCCAAAGACAAGAAAGUGUGGGUAGAUGCAGUUGGUGAUGAAAGAGGAGCAAUGGAAAGGAAUCAUACUUGGGAUGUUGAGGAUCUGCCCAAAGGCAGGAAAGCAGUUACAUCUAGAUGGGUGUUCACCAUUAAGUACAAGAGUAAUGGGGACAUUGAAAGAUACAAGGCUCGCUUAGUUGCUCGGGGAUUCUCUCAGACAUAUGGCAAAGACUACAAGGAUACAUUUGCUCCCGUAGCUAAACUCAACACUGUCAGAGUUGUGCUUUCUUUGGCCAGUAAUCUAUCAUGGAACUUGUGGCAAAUGGAUGUGAAGAAUGCAUUUCUUCAAGGAGAACUCGAGGAAGAAGUAUAUAUGGUUCCACCUCCCGGACUUGAAGACUUAUGUAAACCUGGACAAGCAUUAAGGCUAAGGAAGGCUAUAUAUGGUUUGAAACAAUCACCAAGAGCUUGGUAUCAUAAGUUGAGUUCUACUUUGAUGGAUAAUGGAUUUAAGAGGUCUCACUCCGAUAAUACUCUCUUCACGCUCAAAUCAUCCCACGGCCUAGUUGUUAUCUUGGUUUAUGUUGACGACUUGAUCAUUAGCGGGGAUGAUGAUGAAGGUAUAAAAUCAGCAAAGGAACUCUUAAAGAAGGCUUUUGACAUCAAGGAUCUUGGUGAAUUGAAGUACUUUCUUGGUCUUGAAGUAUAUAGAUCCUCUGAUGGCUUAUUCCUUUCUCAGAGGAAGUAUGCUCUUGACCUCUUGGUUGAAACAGGUAAACUCGGUUGUAAGGCUGCUAAGACACCUCUUGAGGAUGGCUACAAGGUCAAUGGAAAGGGGGAGAAAAGUGAGGAGAAGCUUGCGGAUGUAGAACUGUACAGAAGACUCGUCGGUAAACUUAUCUACCUUACACUCACUCGGCCAGAUCUUUGCUUUGCGGUUAAUCAAGUCAGCCAACACAUGAAGGAACCCUCAGUUUAUCACUGGUCUAUGGUAGAGAGGAUCUUGAGAUACAUAAAAGGAUCUCCUGGCAGAGGAAUUUGGAUGGGAAGGAAUGGGAACACAGAGAUUGUUGGGUAUUGUGAUGCAGAUUGGGCAGGGGACAGGAUUGACAGGAAAUCUACUACGGGUUUCUGCACAUUUAUUGGUGGAAACUUGGUUACUUGGAAGACAAAGAAGCAGAAAGUGGUCUCUUGUUCAAGUGCAGAGGCAGAGUAUAGAGCAAUGAGGAAGCUAACUAAUGAGUUGACUUGGGUCAAAAUGCUUCUCAAAGACUUCGGAAUAGAACAAGAUCAUCCUAUCACCUUUCACUGCGACAAUCAAGCUGCUAUACACAUCGCCACCAACUCCGUGUUUCACGAAAGGACUAAGCACAUCGAGAUAGACUGCCACAAGGUUCGAGAGAAGAUAGAAGAAGGAGUCAUUCUCCCGUGCUACACAAGGAGCGAGGACCAGCUCGCGGACAUCUUCACCAAGGCUGCAAGUAUCAAGGUUUGCGAUCACAUUUGUGCAAAACUUGGACUUGUGGACUUGACAUUACCUCAUUGAUCAAAU